CAGCCAGCCCUAGAUAGAGAACUAUGGCCGGCUGCCAUGGAUUUCCAAGAGAUGAUUCAAACGUGUCGCUCCAUUAAGACUGGCUACUCGAGGCCAUUCCAAGGACUCCCCAACACCAUCAACUUGAGUAGGGACGGUCGUCAAGUGUUGUUUCUGUCCGGGGGGUCCCUGUACAGCCACUUUCCACCCUAUCAUGGCGAUGAUGUUGAGCGAGACUCCGCAGGUUGUGAAAGAUGGUCGUAGACCCUCCUGUUGCCGUGACUACCGAGCUUAGUCGCCCAUUGCAGACUAGCUGGAGGAAACUGUGCUCUUCCGAUCAUCCUACCAGACAACUCUCGAAGUCCGAGCAGUUGCUACGGGAACGGAUGCGGUCCACAGGUAGUGGCCUCACACAGUAUGACUACUUGUCAUCAUGUGAUCUCCUCCUAGUGCAUGGACCUCAGUGUCUGGUCCUGGACAGGCAAUCAGAAGUGGGUGUGGCUAAAUUCCCAGAGUUUCCUUGGGCAUUGGACUACAAGCUUUGCCCUUUGACCCCUCAGCUCCUCGGCUGUGUAUGUCGGGGGGAGGUGUGGGUGAUAGACAGCGCUACCGGGGUCAAGCAUCAGAUGACCUCUCUUACUACAGACCAGCCUAUAUACAGCUAGUACCUCCCUCCUCCUAUACCAUGCAAGAUCCCCAACAUCAGUUACUCCCCCAAGUCUCGGAGGCUAGCUGUGGGGGGUAGGGCGGGUCAGGUGGUGGUCUAUGAUCUCAAGCAAGG